UGAAGAACAAGGAGGGAGUCGUGCAAACUAAACUGCAGCGGCCAUGGUGGCGGAGGCGGACCGGGCGCUGCUCGCCGCGAGGCAGGGGGACGUGCAGACCCUGAAGGCGCAGUUAGCGGCAAAGGCGCUCACCGGCGACGUCAAGGACGCGCUGGGGGCCUCGCCGGUCCACCACGCAGCCCGGGCCGGAAAACUGACCUGCCUGCGGUUCCUGGUGGAGGAGGCUGGGCUGCCGGGCAACUGCCUGGCGAACAACGGGGCAAGCCCGGCGCAUGACGCAGCGGCCACCGGUAACCUGGCCUGCUUACAGUGGCUGCUGACGCAGGGUGGAUGUCGGCCAGAGGGCAAGGACAGCUCUGGUGCCACCGUUCUCCAUCUUGCAUCCCGCUUCAGUCACCAUGAGAUCACCGAUUGGCUGCUGAAGAGUGGUGAGGUGGACCCCGGGGCCUCCACCGAUACAGGCGCCUUACCUAUCCACUAUGCUGCUGCCAAGGGAGACCUGCCGUCUCUGCGACUGUUACUGGGGCACAGCCCGAGUGUUGUCAACUCCAAAACUAAGAAUGGUGCCACGCCGCUCUACCUGGCCUGCCAGGAGGGUCAUCUAGAGGUCGUCCAAUACCUGGUCAAGGAUUGUGGAGCAGAUCCAAGCAUCAGAGCCAAUGAUGGGAUGACACCAUUACAUGCUGCUGCCCAGAUGGGCCACAACACUGUCAUAGUCUGGCUGGUAUAUUGGAAUGUCACUACAAAUCUUAUGAGUUUCACAGAGAUCAGCCUGACAGACAAGGAUGGCGACGGGGCCUCGUCCAUGCACUUUGCAGCUAGUCGUGGCCAUGCAAAGGUGCUAAGCUGGCUGCUGCUGCACGGUGGAGAGAUCAUCACUGACAACUGGGGAGGGACGCCGCUUCAUGAUGCAGCAGAGAACGGCGAACUGGAGUGCUGUCAGAUCCUUGUGGUCAACGGUGUGGACCUGGGCAUUAGGGACCAGGACGGCUUCACAGCAGCAGACCUGGCCGAAUACAACGGCCACUCCCAGUGUGCCAAGUAUUUGCGCACUGUGGAGAACAUGAGUGUUGAGCACCGCGUAUUGUCCCGGGACCCAUCAACAGACCUAGAGUACAAGCAGCCGGACUCGGGCCUCUCGUCCCCAAACACUACCAUGCCCCCUGCCAGCCAGGUGGCACACUUUGACAUCGGCUCACCAUCCAGCUCCCUGUCCAACUAUGACUCAGCCAGCUCCAGCCAGUCCAGCACUGGGGAGAAGAGGAGCAGCUUAACAAUGUCCCGAGGCCCGUCUGCUCAGCUGAACACAGUUGCACACACAGGUGCAUCGGAGUCAGCCAUUUCAGACAUGCAGGCGUACAUGGACAUGCUAAACCCAGACAUUGGCUCCGACGGGAUCAAAAAGAGUGACACUCCGGCCGAUGCUACAUCCAAACUCCCGCCACCACCGACCUAUCCACCCCCACCUCCUCCACUGACUCCUCCGGCGCCACCUCCACCCCCGUGCUACCCAGCACCACAGCCCCCUCAGGAGCCGUCACCAGCCGAGUUCCUGAAGGUGAAAAGCAACUUGCGGCAUGUCAAGGGCAACACCAACAAGAAGGAGCAGCUCACUACUGGCGAAAACCACGAGAAGCUGCGGCGCGUGGAUUCAAACAGGAAAUCAAGGAGCUUCAGCAAGCAGCCCAGUACUGGGGACUACUAUAAGACCCUUGGCAGCGACACGACCGAGCCUCGUGGGAGCAAAGGCAUGGCGCCCAACGAGGAGGGCUCCAUGUUAUUGGAGGAACCUAAUGACAGCCCUGCCCACAGCUCAGAGAAUGGCACCACAGAGGAAUCAGUCCCGCCUCCACCUCCACCACCACCUCCACCACCUCUUCCCCCAAGCAACCCAACGCCAAAACCCCCUCCACCACCCCCAUUGCCUCCAGAGACGCCAAUCACACAGAAUAAUGCCAGUUCCACCUCCACCAACCAGCGACGCCCAUCUUCCUCAUCAGGAAGUGGGGAUAUUUCUGCCUCUCAAGCAGAGGGAGUGGCACUAAGACAGAUGAAGAGCGCAAAAUCUUUCAACAUGAUGUCCCCCACUGGCGACAACUCGGAGCUGCUGGCAGAGAUCAAAGCAGGAAAGAGCUUGAAGCCCACCACUCACAGUAAAGGGUACACCACUGUCUUUUCCAGCAGUGGACCCACAGGCAACAAUGGAAACACUACAUCCCCUCCAGAGACCCGUGCAUCUAGCCCACCAGCCAAACCAUCAUCUCCUCCACUAUCCAAUACACCGGUCACCUCCCCACCAAUCACUCCAAGUCCCAGCCCCAGUCCCACUGGCUCUGGAUCUGCUAGAACCAUGUCGACCUCUGCGAGCUACGAGCAACUGCACUCUAACUCUGUGAUUAAUGGGAACGGUGGUGGUGGGCCGGCAGGAGCAGAGUCGGGACGGAAGACGAGCCUUGCUGACGUGGAGGCGCUAGUGCCCACUCAUGAUGAACAGGGAAAAGCAAUACCUGAAUGGAAGAGGCAGGUGAUGGUGCGAAAGCUUCAGGUCAAGAUGCAAGAGGAGGAGGAGCACAAGCGCAAGGCGGAGGAGGAAUCAGCUCGCCUGUCAUCGAUGCCAGCCUGGAGGAGGGACUUGAUGAAGAAGAAAAUGGACGAUGAGAGAUGUGACAGGGAACAAAAAAGAAAAGCAGAGGAGCAGGCCAAAAAGGCCAAGGAGGUAGAGGAGAAGACGGAGCUGGAGCGACUGCGGACCCUCGGCUACGACGAGACCAAGCUGGCCCCCUGGCAGCGGCAGAUUAUCUUGAAGAAAGGGGAUGUAGCCAAACAGUGAACUGGGUCCUCACCCCCACCUCUGCACUGCAACAUUCCCAUCCUCACAAGCUCACCCCAAGGCCUUCGGUGAAUGUCUCCCCUUCCCCGAGCCUCCACCCUGCGCAGUACACUGGACAGAGAGUGUCUCCUGAAAACCCUGUCUCACUCUGCAGCCUCCAGAAACACAGGACCAUGCUGUUGUAGCUGCUGUCCACAGGGGCUCUGGGGCUCAGCUUUGAUGAAACACAGCGGCGUGACCCUCCGCCACCCACUGAAUGUCCACCAGACACAAACUCUUGGCAGUGAUUCUCCUGCUCAAGACAUUUGCUAUAAAUGCAUCUGUCCUGCAUCAAAUUAAGAUUAUCUGUUGUUUCUUUCAAUUGGGUUUUCUCCAAAUCCAUAUAAGCUAUUUUGCAUUCAAUAGAAUAUUUAAGAGGCGCAUGAUAGAUUGAAAAAGGCUACUUGUGAGCAUUGUUUUUUGCCAUGGGGAAAAAGCCUGCAUUUAUAUUUUUUCCUUUUUUUAGCACCACUCAACAUUAAGUAAUGAAUGGACAGGUACUGUAGCUCCAUUACAAGUUUGUCAUUUACAUAUGUGAUGGACAUACUCAUCAAAGGCUUAUUAAACCUGGAAGCAGCUAAUACGUUAUGUAAGUAGACAUGUCAUAUACUUAGUCAUUAGAUUUUGUAUCAAGCUUAUAGACGCAUUUUCUGAACUGCAUCAUUUUACAGCCAGAGUUGUAAUCCUAACACUGCUCAAACGAAUCUGUUUCUCUAGAUAAGCUUGUUGUCACCCCUCUGUGGAUUUGGAAUAUUCAUAUACUGUAUAACCUAUUUUAAAUAAUGUACAAAAGAUUAUGUAGUUGUGCAAAUCAAAUUUUAUUAAUUUUCACUGGAGAAAAAGAUGCAAGGGUCCAAUUUCAUUUUUUCUAUAUGUGACCCAAAUGUGAAGCUAUUGUGAUCAUGAAUGUGAAAUGUUGUGUGCAUGCGUUGCAUAAUGUGUAUCAAGCAUGUUGUGAUGUAUUAUGAAGCAUAUUUGACCCCAGGGCCCUGGAUAUUCAGAGAAACAACAAAGACACCGUAUGUGCGUGUAUGUGGGUGUAAAAUCCUCCUAGUUUAUAUUGAACAUGGCUUUUUCAAAACAAAAUUGAAAAUAAAAAACACAUGAAUGCAAAUGUAAAGAGCAGCAUCUUACACCACAAUAUUGCAAAAUGUAGAGUAAAGGCAUCAGUUUGUCCUGUGCACUGUCCCGGCCUUUGUCCCACUAACCUUGAGAAUGAAUCUUUGAUGAGCAGAUCUGCUUACAGAGCGCACUCUGCCAGGAACAGCCGGAACAUCAGAAUGGGACUGUUCCUAAUAUAUUGUCAUUUGUGUGUUUCAAUACUCAACACAACGUCUUUGGUCAAACAUAAUCAUGAAAAAUUAUGAAUAUAAUACAAUGUACUGCAUAAUAAACUUUAGACAUUUCUGGCAAAUAAUUUAACAUGACUGAACUGACAAAAAUGCCAAGUUGAUUAUUAAAUAUCUUUUAUCCAUAAUUUCUGUGGUCUAUGAACAGCUCCAUUUCAGUCACACGUGCUCCAGAGAAUUCCCAGGAUUCACACUUUUAUGGGCAGUGGUUUAUAAAUAUGGGGUUGAAUAUGGAAAUGUUGAAAAUCUGAAAAUUAAUAUUUUUGACCAAUCUGGGGGAUUUUAAAAUGUUAAACUGUGCACUGACAUGUCAGAGAAAAUGAAUCUCACAGUCAUGAAGAAUGUCUCCUGAGUGUGACACAAUAUUCUCUAGGUUUACAAAUGUAGGGUAUGGAACGGAAUGUACGUGUCAUGAAAGAAAUGAUCCUGGUUACAGAAUCAUUUGGAAAUUCCUUCUCAUCGGAUGCCAUAUGAUGUUAAAAUUGAAAAUGAAGCGUCAUUGCCAUUUCAAUAAAUAUAUAUAUUUAAUCACUGUAUAUAGUGACCCUCAUAUUGCAUUAUAUUACAUGUCUCAGCCUUGCUUGAAUAGGAUGUUGGCUAAUCCAUGUGUAAUUAUAUUUGUUAAUGACUGUUAAAAAUGAGAGAAAGAAAAUAAAUCUUUAAUCAACAAA